CUAAAAACUGAAGAACAGUGGCUGUAUUUAAGGACUUGGCAUUUAAUCUGCACUGAAAGACUGUUGGACUCUGGCGCAUUGUGUUAUUAUGAUAUGACAAUGAUAAUUGUUUUUACUGUUCUUUCAAGCAUUUAAAAAAAAAAAGGCGGGUAAAUCAAACAGCGUUAAAAUAAUGAACUUAAAGAUCAACCACGUGCCAUAGGUAACAAUAGGUGCGUUCACGACAUGUCUAAAUUACCGUUAGAGAUUCCAACUUGUAAAAAAGCGUUCACGUUCUCUGAGAUCUCGGACGUCACGUGACAAUGCACGCAGUUCUGAAGGUGUGUCGAAGAGUGCUGAAAGAGUGGAGGGGGAAACAUGAGCUCUGAUGAAGAGGUGGCGGCUACAUCCAUACCUUAUUUUAUAGGGAAGAAAGAGAACAUCAUUCAAACCAGACGAGUGUUGAAGUCAGUUGGUGGAAGAGAUGUUCUAGUGAUUUACCACCAGGGUGACUUCUAUGCUAUUGACGCUCGCUGCUACCACUCUGGAGGUCCACUUCAGGAAGGAGAUAUAGAAGAUUUUGAUGGACGACCAUGCAUAGUGUGCCCGUGGCAUAAGUAUAAAAUUACAUUAGCUGAGGGUGAGGGUCUCUAUCAGGCAGUGGACCCUUCUGUGAAGCCUCUGAAACCAACUUGGUGCUCUAAAGGCAUUAAACAAAGAAUCCACACUGUGACAGAGUCUAAUGGAGACGUGUUCCUCACCUUAAAUGACUCACCAGUGGCCAUUGACUCUGAUUACUAUCAAACUGCGAAAUAUAGAGACACUUUCUUGAAAGAAGGCCCGAAGAAAACGAAGUGACCUCACAGGAAGAGACAUGAGAUGAGUACCACGAACCAUAUUCAUCCACACAGUCACGCAGAGCUGAAGCACAACCAGAACAAUGUUCUUCCCCAACAUGCAGGCAUUGUACCUUUAAAAUAAAGAAUAUCAACAGUA